CAUCCGCUCAUAACCGACUUGUCGAAAUGGUUAAGAGUGUGAGCCGGUGUGAACUAACUGCAAUCACCUAACCGUUACCGUUUGUAGCGAACGCGCGCUCAAGGGACAGCGGUCGACGCGCGAAAUUUGCAUAAAUUCAAAUUGAGCACUCAAUUCGCAAUACUAAUGCGUUAAACCUGAAUUGAGACCUUUGACAUCAAACGGGACCUACAAUUUCUAGUGACGUAGUGAUGAUAUUUUGGUUGUGAGCAAUUUCUUAAUAAGGAUAAGUGAUAAUGGCGAUCGAAACCAAUGCCACCGAAAAAAAUCUUAAUAUUAACGGCAAUGACUUAAAUGGAACACUCUUAAUAAGAAAUAGCUUUAAUAAAUGUAAAACAAACAAAGAAAGCAAUGAAAAGACAGAAAACAUUGACGAUGACUGGAAAGACUUGGAUAUUGUACAAAAAACGAGACGGAUGAUUUCUCUUAUUACGGUGGAACCAAUUCUCGCUUGCUAUGUGAUGCCAUCUGUACUUGCAGCCUUAGCUACACAAAACUUAUACUUAGAAAAAGCGUGUAGAGUGAAUCUUGGAUUUGAAGAUCAUGUAUGCGAUGCUUUGACACGCAGAGAAACAGCCAACUAUACGUUCGAAGAAGAGGCUGUCCAAACGCUGGUAGCAUCGGUCGCCGGCUGGAAAACUGUGCUACAAUCUUUUUUACCUUGUGGAAUCCUAAUAUUCUUAGGCGCAUAUAGUGACAGAGUGGGACAGAGAAAAUUUUGUAUGCUCCUACCUAUAAUCGGAGAAUUUUUAACUAGUGUCGGACUUAUGGUGAAUACUUACUUUUUCCACCAGCUUCCAGUGGAAAUAGCAGCAGUGACUGAAGCUAUAUUUCCUGCUCUUACAGGAGGGUGGGUGACAAUGUUCAUGGGAGUGUUCAGUUACAUAGCCGAUGUGACAACCGAAGACCAACGGACGUUGCGAAUAGGAGUUGUAAAUCUUUUCUAUUCCUUGGGAGUGCCAGUGGGAGCGGCUCUAAGUGGGAUUUUAGUGCGAAAGAUAGGGCUAUAUGGAGUGUUUUCCUUAAGUGCAACGCUAUACAUCCUUAGUUUUAUGUACGGAUUCUUCAGGAUCAAGGAAGUGAAGAAACCCGACGCAAAUGUGAAACCGCCCAAGAACUGCUGUGAAUGGUUGCACACAUUCUUCGACAUGAGCUUGGUGAAGGAGACGCUGCUGGUGGCGUUCCGGCGUGGCCCCAACAACCGGCGGCUGCGCGUGAUCAUGCUCGUCGUAGUGCUGUGCGUCGUCAUCGGCCCUAUCUACGGAGAAAUGUCAGUGAUGUACCUGUUCACGAGGUACCGCUUCAACUGGAACGAGGUCGACUUCAGCGUGUUCUCUACGUAUGCCAUGUGCACUUCGUUAGUUGGCACUCUGUUUUCUGUGGGCGUGUUCAGUCACCUGCUGAAAUUCGACGACGCCAUCAUAGGAGUGAUAUCCUGUACUAGCAAAAUUCUAUCAGGAUUCAUGUACGCAUUUGCUACGAAAACUUGGCAUAUUUAUAUAGCCCCAUUAAUCGAAAUCUUCAGCGGAACGUCCUUUAUCGCCAUGAGGUCCAUGGUGUCAAAAUUAGUCGAAAGAGAUGAGUUAGGCAAGGUGAAUUCGUUUUUCGGCGUGGCAGAAGCGAUGAUGCCACUUGUAUAUGCGCCAAUGUACACGAGCACUUACACCGCGACCAUCAAGUCCUUCCCAGGAGCGUUCUUCGUGCUGGGUGGCGCUCUAACCGUCCCCGCCGUUGUCAUAUUCUUGUGGCUAUAUUUAGCAAGCAAGAAAUAUAGUAACAAAACAUCAGACCAGGAAGAAGACUCAAAAAAUGAAGAUCCGGUUAAGACGGGCCUCGACAACAAAGCUUUUGAAGACGACAAGGAUGGCAACAGCAGGACGAAGAGGAUCGACAAUAUGAUCAACAACACAUCUGCAGCAGAUAAAGAAAACAUACGGCAGUCGCAGAUCGAAACUGGUUUCACAGAAAGUAUGCAUAGUACCAGUAAAUUGUGAAUAUUAUAUA